GUGCAGCAGCGUUUCAUUCAGGGAGCUUCAACAUGGCGUCCGACGGUCCACCGGGCACCGAGUCCCUCCAGUCCGACUUAGGCAGUGCUAUCGCGGCUUUGAACACAUGGAGCCACCCGGAGCUCCAGGCCAAGCUGGCGGAGCUGGGAGCGCCGGUGAUGGGUCCCAGAGAGGAGCUGAUGGACAGACUGAAGGGCUACAUGCUGCAGACCAGGAUUCUCCUCAGCAAACACGGGGAUGACAAACCAAUGGGCCCCCAGAUGCAAGGUAUCCCCCCCAUGCCCCCGAUGCCGAUGCCACCCAUGCCUCCUGGUAUGGGCAUGCUCCAGGCCAUGAGCAUGAUGCCCGGGCCCCCUCCGUCCGGCAUGCACAUGGGCAUGGAGCCCCCCGGUCUGCCCCCUCCCGGGAUGUCCCAUGAAGAUCAGCUGAAGAUGGUUCAGCAGAGAGCAGCCAUGGUGUUACAGCAGGAGGAGAGGGCCAAGCAGCAGGGUGAUUCCAGAGUCAUGGAUGAACACGAUCUUCUGGAGCAGCAGAAAAGGGCUGCAGUGCUGCUGGAGCAGGAGCGUCAGCAGGAGAUGUCCAAGAUGGGCCCCAGGGCCAUGCCUCUCAUCAGUUCAAUGAGAGGGAUGGAUCCUCGUGGGCCGCUGCCUCCUGGUGUGAGCAUGAUGCCCACCCAGAAGCAGAGAGUGCCUCCUCCUCCAGGAGAAGACAACCGAGAGCUGUGGCAGAAUGAGGAGAUAAGCAUCAGUGGCCCCAAGAUCCCUCAGGCUCUGGAGAAGAUCCUCCAGCUGAAGGAGAUCAGGCAGGAGCAGCUCACCGACCCCACAGGGGAGGAGUUUGAUGAGGGAGCAGAGAUGGACAUGAACUCCUCGGCUCCAGUCUUGUCUGAGACAGAAGACGACGAUCAAAUGUCUAAGAAAGAUAAAAACCGCAGGCGCAGGAACCGCAAGAAGAAGAGCAAGAAGAAGCGAGCUCUGGAGAAGAAGGAGCUGGUGGAGCAGGAGCAUCAGAAGGAGGGGGGUGACAAAGAAAAAGACAAGGACAAGGAGAAGGAGAAGGAAAAAGAGAAGGAGCCUGAGGUGGAGAUCGAGUACAUCACAGAGGAGCCAGAGAUUUACGACCCAAACUACAUCUUCUUCAAGAGGAUCUUUGAGGCGUUCAAGCUGACAGAUGAUGUGAAGAAAGAGAAGGAGAAGGAGCCGGAGAAGACAGACAAACCGGAGACAGCUGUGCUGAGGAAAAAGGGAUUUGAGGAGGAGAGGAGAGACAGUGACGACAGCGAUGAGGAAUUAAGACCAGAUGUAUCUAAACUGUCCAAGAAGAAGCUGAGGAGGAUGAACAGGCUGACCGUGGCUGAGCUCAAGCAGCUGGUGGCUCGUCCGGAUGUGGUGGAGAUGCAUGAUGUGACCGCCCAGGAGCCCAAGCUGCUCGUCCACCUGAAGGCCACCAGGAACACCGUGCCGGUGCCCCGCCACUGGUGCUUCAAAAGGAAGUACCUGCAGGGCAAGAGAGGUAUCGAGAAGCCUCCGUUCGAGCUGCCGGAGUUCAUCAAGAGGACGGGGAUCCAGGAGAUGAGGGAGGCCCUGCAGGAGAAGGAGGACGCCAAAACAAUGAAGACCAAAAUGAGAGAGAAGGUCCGUCCCAAGAUGGGAAAGAUCGACAUCGACUACCAGAAGCUGCACGAUGCCUUCUUCAAGUGGCAGAUCAAACCCAAGCUCACUAUCCACGGAGAUCUUUACUAUGAGGGUAAAGAGUUUGAGACUCGUCUGAAGGAGAAGAAGCCGGGCGAUCUGUCCGACGAGCUGCGUAUCGCCCUGGGGAUGCCAGUGGGACCAAAUGCCCACAAGGUGCCCCCCCCCUGGCUGAUCGCCAUGCAGAGGUACGGCCCCCCUCCCUCCUACCCCAACCUCAAAAUACCAGGACUUAACUCCCCCAUCCCAGAGAACUGCACGUUUGGGUACCACGCUGGAGGCUGGGGCAAGCCGCCGGUGGACGAGAUGGGGAAGCCGCUCUACGGUGACGUGUUCGGCACCAACGCUGCAGACUUCCAGGCCAAAGCGGACGAGGAGGAGUUGGACCACACCCCCUGGGGAGAGCUGGAGCCUUCAGACGAGGAGUCGUCAGAGGAAGAGGAGGAGGAGGAGAGCGAUGAGGAGAAACCGGAUGAGACCGGGUUCUUCACACCAGCAGACAGUGGACUGAUCACGCCCGGAGGCUUCUCCUCGGUCCCGGCCGGCAUGGAGACCCCGGAGCUGAUUGAGCUGAGGAAGAAGAAGAUCGAGGAGGCCAUGGACGGGAACGAGACGCCACAGCUCUUCACUGUGCUUCCUGAGAGAAGAACUGGACCAGUGGGAGCAGCCAUGAUGGCCUCCACGCACAUCUACGACGUGUCGGGGGCCAUGGCAGCUCGUAAGGCGGGUGGAGGGCAGGAGUCACAGGGCGUGGAGGUGGCCCUGGCUCCGGAGGAGCUGGAGCUGGACCCGAUGGCCAUGACCCAGAAGUACGAGGAGCACGUCCGGGAGCAGCAGGCCCAGGUGGAGAAGGAGGACUUCAGCGACAUGGUGGCCGAGCACGCAGCCAAACAGAAGCAAAAGAAGCGAAAGGCCCAGCCGCAGGACACACGAGGCGGAGCCAAGAAAUACAAAGAGUUCAAGUUCUAGAGCUGAACACCAGGGGGCAGCGCCACGACAGGCAGGGAGAGAGGAGCCCAGAUUUUAACUUCGAGGAUGUAGACUGCAGCACCGGUCACCUGGCGGUUUCUUUUUUUAAAUACAUGUGAUGCAUCAUGUUCUUUGUGUCACGUGACCAACACGACAUGUAUUUUCUCUGUUGUGGUUAUUUUUCAGUGUAACCAUGUUUUCUGUUUUUUUGUAAAUAAAGUGAUGACAAGA